GUGCGGUGGAGGCCCUGGAGACUUCCGUGGGUUUUACCGCCUCCUGACCAGUGAUGGCCAGAUGAGAUGGUUGGGACCAGAGAAAGGAGUGAUCCACCUGGCCACUGCUGCAGUUCUCAAUGCUGUGUGGGACCAACAGACUCUCUGCUUCUCUUUUCUAAUUCAGACAUACUAGUGAACGCUCAGGUGGGCAAGCAGCAGAGAGAGGAUCAGAUGCUGAAAGAGGGUUAUCCUGCGUACACCACCUCCUGUGCUUGGCUUGGGUACUCAGACCAGCAGCUCAAACAGCUCUGCACAGAUGCACUUAAAAAUGGCUGGACCAAGUUCAUGGUGAAAGUCGGCGCUGAUCUGGAGGAUGACAUUCGCAGGUGUCGACUCAUCAGGCAAAUGAUUGGACCAAACAACACGCUGAUGAUUGAUGCCAACCAGAGAUGGGACGUGGGCGAGGCCAUCAGCUGGGUGUCCAGCCUCUCUGAGGUCAAGCCUCUCUGGAUCGAGGAGCCUACGUCUCCAGAUGACAUACUGGGUCACGCCACUAUCUCCAAGGCUUUGGCUCCACUCGGGAUUGGAGUGGCCUCAGGGGAGCAGUGUCAUAACAGGGUGAUGUUUAAGCAGUUCCUCCAGGCGUCAGCGAUGCAGUUUGUCCAGAUCGACAGCUGCCGUCUGGGCAGUGUCAAUGAGAACCUAGCUGUGAUGCUGAUGGCCCACAAGUUCCAGGUGCCUGUCUGUCCUCAUGCUGGAGGAGUAGGUCUGUGUGAGCUCGUCCAGCACCUGAUUCUGUUUGACUACAUCUGUUUGUCUGCAAGCCUCAGCAACCGGAUGUGUGAAUAUGUGGACCACCUCCACGAACACUUCACCAGCCCCGUGGUGAUUCAGGACGCCCACUACAUGCCCCCAAAGGACCCAGGCUACUCCUGUGAGAUGCUGGAAUCUUCAGUGUGGAGGCACCAGUUCCCAGAAGGAGACGUUUGGAAGCUGCACACGAACAAAUGAGAGUUCAUCUUGAACACGUCACCGAAGGCUUUAUUAGACUCAUCCGAGUUACAUCAACUAAACACAGCCAGCUCGUUUUGUCUUUUUUUUUUUUACAGCACAAUUUCAAUUUUACACUUUGUGAACAGCUUAAUUGCUCCAUGUUUCCUGGUACACAUCAGUGAC